AGUUUAAAGCCGGUCCCUCUGAAGUAAGUGCUCUCUGCUUUGGUUGAAUCAAAAAUGUCCAGUAAUUACAGACUACUGGUGAAGAACGCCCAACAGGUGGUUCUGAUCUGCAACAAAGGAGAGAAGUUCAUCACCAAACAUGGGAUGCAAAAUCUUUGUGUGAUUGAAAACGGCAGCGUAGUGAUCGGGAGUGACGGGCUGAUUAAAGCUGUGGGUCCUGCAGAAACCAUCAGAGCUCAGUAUUUAGAAUCGUCCUUUGAUAAAGUGAUCGAUGCUACAGGGAUGUGCGUCCUGCCUGGGUUGGUCGACGCCCACACACAUCCAGUCUGGGCUGGUGACAGAGUGCAUGAAUUUGCAAUGAAGCUGGCAGGUGCCUCCUACAUGGACGUGCACCGGGCCGGCGGAGGGAUCCACUUCACCGUGGAGCACACCCGAGCCGCCGGGUCCUCGGAGCUGCUGGCCUCCCUCAGCAGCAGGCUGACCCGGAUGCAGCGAGCCGGUACGACCCUGGUGGAGUGUAAGAGCGGAUACGGCCUGGAGCUGCAGACCGAGCUCAAGAUGCUGGAGGUGAUCGAGGAGGCCGGACGGAGGCUGCCCAUCAACAUCUCCUCCACCUACUGCGGAGCCCACGCAGUGCCAAAAGGGAAAACAGUCGCAGAAGCCACGACGGACAUCCUGCAGGUUCAGCUGCCGAAGCUGAAGGAGCGGAUGUCUGCUGGGACUCUGAGUGUGGACAACAUCGACGUGUUCUGUGAGCGAGGAGUGUUCGACCUCGGCUCUACUCGCUCCAUCCUGCAGGCCGGCAAAGACAUGGGCCUCAACAUCAACUUCCACGGAGACGAGCUCCAUCCCAUGAACUCUGCUCAGUUGGGUGCAGAGCUCGGAGCCUUGGCCAUCAGUCACCUGGAAGAGGUCACUGAUGAGGGGAUCGCUGCCAUGGCAACAGCAAGAACCGCGGCCGUCCUUCUUCCGACCACAGCCUACAUCCUACGGCUGCCUCAGCCUCGAGCCAGAGACAUGCUUGAUGCUGGAGUUAUUGUCGCCCUCGGCAGCGACUUCAACCCCAACGCCUACUGCUGCUCCAUGCCGAUCGUCAUGCACCUGGCCUGUGUGAACAUGAGGAUGUCCAUGCCUGAGGCUUUGGCUGCGGCCACCAUCAACGCCGCCUACGCCCUGCGGCGCUCAGACACACACGGCUCCCUGGAGGUCAACAAACACGGAGACCUGCUGGUCCUCAACACCACACGAUGGGAGCAUCUGAUCUACCAGCUGGGAGGACAUCAGGAGCUGAUUCGCUACGUUGUCAUCAAAGGAAACGUGGUCGUUGAUAAUAGCAAAACUAUGGACUUUUAACCAUGAGAACACUUUUGGUAUUCAUGCUAAGCUAAGAGGUAGCUCCUGAUUAAUACACUGGGAUCAUUUUAGGAAGCAAUAUUGUAAUUCCCUAAAUGUCAAACAGUUUCUUUAUGUUAAUAUUAAGCCUAAAUUCUGUUGUUGUCAAUUAGAUUUCAUUGUGUGUGCUGCUGUAAAAGAAUGUGACUGACAACAAUUAAUCAAUUACUAUCUUAACAUUGUUAACUCCUCUAGAAAACCAAUGUUUUAGAUAAAUGUCCCGUUAACUGUUGAUUAAAAUCUGCCUCUCUAA